UAUGAGGAGCUGCAGAUCACAGCCGGCAGACAUGGGGACGACCUGCGCAACACCAAGCAGGAGAUUGCUGAGAUCAACCGCAUGAUCCAGAGACUGAGAUCUGAGAUUGACCACGUUAAGAAGCAGUGUGCCAACCUGCAAGCUGCCAUUGCUGAGGCUGAACAGCGUGGGGAGAUGGCCCUGAAGGAUGCCAGGGGCAAGCUGGAAGGGCUGGAGGACGCCCUGCAGAAGGCCAAACAGGACAUGGCCAGGCUCCUGAAGGAGUACCAGGAGCUCAUGAAUGUCAAGCUGGCCCUGGAUGUGGAGAUCGCCACCUACAGGAAGCUGCUGGAGGGAGAGGAGUGCAGGUUGAAUGGGGAAGGUGUUGGACCAGUCAACAUCUCUGUGGUGCAGUCCACCGUGUCCAGCGGCUAUGGCAGCGCAGGUGGUGCCAGCAGCAGCUUAGGCCUGGGAGGAGGCAGCAGCUACUCCUAUGGCAGUAGCCAUGGCCUUGGAGGUGGCUUCAGUGCUGGCAGUGGCAGAGGCAUCAGUGGUGGCCUCAGCUCUUCUGGUGGCAGCUCUUCCACCAUCAGAUACACCACUACCUCCUCCAGCAGGAAGAGCUACAGACAGUGAAUUCCCUGUCACCAAGUGCUUGUGCCUGGUCCCAGAUAUCAUGGCUUCAAAACCCUGUGCUCAGAGUCCGGUGCUCAGGGGCUUUUCUCUCUGGACCCCUACCUCUGCUCUCCUCCUGGGGCUGAGAUGGAUGGUUCCUUUUGCUCUUAUUUCUGUCCCCAUGUGUCCGCUCUGCUCAUCUGUUGAUAGUCAUCCUCUGAGCUCACAUCACAAUUCACUCAACAUUUGGUGCUUCAUGUUGUAUUCGGUUUCCAGGCUCUUCCUCCCUACCUCUAUCUCUGAGGCUGCCUGUGAAAGGAUGUGCCUCUGUCACCUUCAUUCUGGAAAUCAUUGUCUGGGUCCUACUCAAGAAAUGAGCAGCCCCCUCUUAGUUUCCAAUGGCCUGAGAAACCCCAUCUUUCAACAUCAUAAACCUCCCUGUCAGUAACUGUGACCACCCAGUCACUGGUCCUGUGAUGUGGAGCCUGUGCUCAUGUGAUGUCUUUGCUUUUCUUGAUGCUCUUUGCUUCCUUGUAAUUGCUGAAUAAAGCAGGUUUAUAAAUAA